GAGGCAAUUUCAAAACCGGAUACACAACAGCUCCGUUUAGAAAUUAAAAUAACGUCUUAACCGCCACACGAAGUCCAGCCAGACGCUUUUAUCGCUAAUCUGGAUAAAAUCGAGAAAACAAACUGACUUUUAAUAGAGAUGGAGGAAGGAGAAGCCGUAUCGACACUUUCCAGAAAAGAACUGCGCAAGCAGAAGCUGAUGGAAUACCUGGCAGCCAAAGGAAAGAUGAAACAGCCAAACUCAAGGCCAUACCUCCGUGAUGACUGUCAGGUUAAAAAUCCUGUGAAAUCUGCACCAAAGAUUGUUACUGGAAAAGAAAACAAGGUGCCAGCUGAUAGAAUCAGCUCUGACCACAGAAAGGUUCCCACUCUGGUUGCUCAAUCCACAAUACACCUUACCAGAAGAGUGUUUGCCACCAACAAAAUCCUGACCGGAAAGCAGAAUGGCAAUCGUCCAUCUGCAGUAAAUGGUGCAACACAGCCUGUUCCCACGGAAACGUACACCGCCGCAUCCUCCAAAUCCAAUCUGACUGCAGCCAGCCAGCUGAAAACACAGCCAAACACAAAGAGAGGCUUUUCACAUGCACCUUCAACUACAAAAUCAGACACCAGAUUCAGCAGUAGAUCUCAUGCUGCCUUGUCAUAUCCGCAGACAGUUAGUUAUAGGAUGAGUCUUGGCCCUAUUGUUAAAACAAAAACAGGACUUGUCCCUGCAGUGACCCAGCCAAUGAACAGUCAGAGUCAAAAGUUAACACAACCCUCUGCCCUCGUUGCCGAUGCUACCACCGCUAGUUCUGUUUCUAACAAGAUGCGAUCCAACACUUCAUCAGUCUCUGUUUCCAAGAGGUCUGCUAUGGCUCCGAGGAAAACAUUACCUACCACUGCUCUAAACAACCCUGUUAAAGAGAGAACAACUGUUUUGCUGACUGCAAAAGUUGUUACUAAAGACUCCAAACCACUUUCAGCUAAACACCCUCUGACAUCUUGUAAGAGUCAACUAUCAAAUAGAUUGAGCAGCUUGAAAUCAACUCCCAGCUCCUCCCGGUGCACAGCAGCACCCAUUAAGCCAGAGGGGAAAGUAGUGAUGUCAAAAACCAUUAGAUCAGCUUGGCAGCCCAUGGACAGGACUACAAAGAUAAGAUCUCAGGGUGAAAGAGAGAAAAAUGGCCGUUCCAAAGUUGCCCCCAGAACAUCCUUGGCACCAGCGAGCAGGUGCAGUUCCAGCAUGGCCGGCGGGGUUAUACAAGCUGAUGUUGUGGCUGGGGGAGGGAAAAUCAAGUCAAGUAAAGAGACAGGCCGCAAGAAGGUAAUAAAUUCAGCAAAUGCUGCACCACCCCAAACCGAUAUAAAAAGAACAGUGAUGUCACAGACAGUGCCACGGGAUGCCAGGAUCGUCAGCCAUAGAAGCCACGCCACAGACAUGAAGACACCAAGGGUCCCAGUCAGCAUAAUUUCUCGGAACGAGGGAAAGAAAGCUACAGCUGUUCAGGAAGAAAGAAUGAGGAAACUACAGGAAUGGCGUGAAGCCAAGGGUAUAUCGUACAAGCGUCCUCCAAUGCCAGUGAAACCUCAAGUCAGACGCACUGUGGCUGUGCCCCAACCUUUUUGGGCCACCAUGAAUGAGGAAGACGAGGCCCAGUCCCUCAUUUGUGCCGUGGACAGAUCCCUGGCUGACUGCAUCAAAUUGCUUGGAGAAGGUUGCCCUCCAGACCAGGUAAGGGAGGUUCUCUCACGGCUGCCAGCGGUGUCCCAGAAGUUUGCCAAAUACUGGAUCUGCCAGGCCCGACUGAAAGAGCAAGAGGGCAACCUGGACGUACUGCCCAUGUUCGAAGAGGCCGUCAGUGUUGUGUUGGAGCCAGUAGACGAGCUGCGCACGGUGGUGUUUGAGAUUCUGAAGAAAAAGGACGAGAUCCAAGAAAAUGAGAAAGAGGAGGACCAGAUUCAAACAGCUAAAAGUACUCCUGGGAGUAUCAACAGCCCAAUGAUGACUCCUAAACCUGUCAGGGCCUUCAUAUGUGGGGAGAAAGGAGACACAUCUGUAGUAAAGUACAAGAUCACAGCUACUCCUGGUGGCCCUCCAAGUCAACAAAAGCAACCGACACGGAUCAACGGCCAGGAGAUUCGUUUCUUCACCCCGGUUAGACGCUCGGUGCGAAUCGAGAGAGCCUCUCUCCGAUACCCUGCGUCCCUCCAGGACCAUGAUCUCUGUGUAGCCUCCUAUAAUGACCUGAUCUCCGAGGAGGACAAAGAGAGAAGUGAAGAGAAGGAUGGGGAAACCAGCCCGUCUGCUGACAACACGCCGAUGUAUGUCUACAGACAGAACGAAGCACUUAAAGACAAGGUAUUCGUCCAGCUAGUCUGCAAUGACAAUGUUUCGCCUUAGGCAAUUACUUCAUCUCCACCAGUUAAAAGAAAAAGUAAAAUGUACAUACUUUGGUGUUGUCAGAUCAACAUUUUCCAGAGAAGAAGGUGAUCAGUUUUAUGCUUGUAAAGAUUCAUUUGAGGUAAUAAGCUGUUUUCUGUUGUAAGGUAUUGCUUUUGGAGAACUUGUUGGAUUUAUCUCUUUGGUCCUUGUAUAAUUUUAACCCUUUGAUGCUGUGUACAUAGUAAUGUAAAAUAAAUGUUUUGGGGUUUUUUUAACCUA